AUGGCCGCCGCGCUGGGGAGGCUGCUCCGCGCCGCGGUGCCCCUGGCUGCCGCCGCCGGGAGGAGGGGGACGGCACGGCCCCCGGCCUGCGCCCGCCGUGCCUUCAGCCUCGGCUCCUCGCGGUUCGCCGCGGCCGUGACCCAGCACGCCCCGCACUUCAAGGGAACGGCCGUCGUUAACGGAGAGUUCAAGGAGCUGAGCCUAGAUGAUUUCAAGGGGAAAUACCUGGUUCUUUUCUUCUACCCCCUGGACUUCACCUUUGUCUGCCCCACGGAAAUUGUGGCUUUCAGCGACAAAGCAAAGGAAUUUCGUGAUGUGAACUGUGAAGUGGUGGCAGUUUCAGUGGACUCUCAUUUUAGUCAUCUGGCCUGGAUAAACACACCACGAAAGAGCGGCGGUUUGGGCAAAAUGAAUAUUCCAGUUCUGUCGGACCUCACAAAACAGAUCUCCCGUGAUUAUGGGGUGCUGCUAGAAGGACCUGGCAUAGCGCUGAGAGGUCUGUUCAUCAUUGACCCGAACGGGGUCAUCAAGCACCUGAGCGUCAACGACCUGCCCGUGGGGCGCAGCGUGGAGGAGACGCUGCGCCUGGUGAAGGCCUUCCAGUUCGUGGAGGCACACGGGGAGGUGUGCCCGGCUAACUGGACUCCAAACUCGCCAACGAUCAAACCAAGCCCGGGUGGUUCCAAAGAAUAUUUUGAAAAAGUGCAUAAAUAAACACUCAAAUAUGUGGACAAAACUUGUAGUUUUGUCUGCUGAAGACAUUAGAAAAACAACUAUGAUUGUAAAAAUUAAUAAUAAAAAUAAAAGUUCUCAUUUUCUCAUGUUUAACAAGAAAUUAAAUGCUGAAAUAUUUACUGACUCCCUUGUCUUGCUUUAAAAAGGGUAAAACUAAGGCUUUUCCCCUGAUUUCUUCAACUUCAGUUUCAUGGAUUUCUGAAUGUGAUGAGUACACAAGCUACAGUUGCCUUGCACUGGCUUUUCCCUCUUUAACUAGUUUUUGAUCAGAAAAUGUCCUGCAUUUCAUUUUCUCACACAACAAAAUUCUGUCAAAAAAAAUAAAAAAAUUGAAACAAAACAAGGAUAGAAUUUUGAUACAUGGUUUGCUUGUAAUGAGUUUUGUAGAAGAGAUUAAUGUAACAAGUAAAAAUAGUUUUAGUGUAAAUGCACUAAAACAUGGAAUGAAUGUAAAUAUGUGCCAUUUAAAGAAAAAGUGCAGCUGCUCAGGAGCACUAACAAGCAUGAACUUUAAUUCUGUUCGGGGGAUGAUAAAAACCUUGAACCCCCACAGUGCACUUACUGGAGCUUCAUGGCAAGUUUUCUUUCACUUGAAUUUGCUUGAUUCUUGUACUGCUUGAAACUGAUGUAGCAUCUCUCUAGCUAUAAUAAAAUAAUCUUAUAUUGGCCUAGCA